CACACCGGUGACAGCUCAGUCUCUGGCUGUCACUGCCUCCCCAACACGCAGACACACAUACACACACACACACACACACACACACACACACACACGCAGGCGCGCACCCGCUGGGGAGCCAACAGCUAUUUCCUCCCUCAGCCUCACUCCCUGCCGGCACCUCGGUCAGGCUGCGGUCAGGAGCCAGCUGCCGCCAGGGCUGGAGUCCCGAGCUCCCCGUGCCCAGAGGAGAGGCCAGCUCUGCUAUUUGCGGUCAACACACCCAGCCAGCCACCUCUGUGGGACCAACAGCCGCCGGAGGACCUGCAGAGAGCCGGUCAUGAUGGCCAACACCACCCUGAAGCCCCUCUGCCCCAUCUUGGAGCAGAUGAGCCGCCUCCAAAGCCACAGCAACUCCAGCAUCCGCUAUAUUGACCACGUGUCUGUGCUGCUGCACGGGCUGGCCUCGCUGCUGGGCCUGGUGGAGAACGGACUCAUCCUCUUCGUGGUGGGCUGUCGCAUGCGCCAGACGGUGGUCACCACCUGGGUGCUGCACCUGGCGCUGUCGGACCUGUUGGCCGCUGCCUCCCUGCCCUUCUUCACCUACUUCCUGGCCGUGGGCCACUCCUGGGAGCUGGGCACCACCUUCUGCAAACUGCACUCCUCCAUCUUCUUCCUCAACAUGUUCGCCAGCGGCUUCCUGCUUAGCGCCAUCAGCCUGGACCGCUGCCUGCAGGUCUUGCGGCCAGUGUGGGCGCAGAACCACCGCUCCGUGGCUGCCGCCCACAGGGUCUGCCUGGUGCUUUGGGUCCUGGCCGUGUUCAACACCGCGCCCUAUUUCGUGUUCCGGGACACCAUCCCGCGGCUGGACGGGCGCAUCAUGUGCUACUACAACAUGCUGCUCCUGAACCCCGGUCCCGACCGCGACGCCACGUGCAACUGGCGCCAGACGGCCCUGGCCGUCAGCAAGUUCCUGCUGGCCUUCGUGGUGCCGCUGACGAUCAUCGCCUCCAGCCACGCGGCCGUGAGUGUGCAGCUGCGCCACCGCGGCCGCCGGCGGCCGGGUCGAUUCGUGCGCUUGGUGGCGGCCAUCGUGGUGGCCUUCGUGCUCUGCUGGGGGCCCUACCACGUCUUCAGCCUGCUGGAGGCGCGGGCCCACUCAGCUCCCGCGCUGCGGCCGCUCGCGUGGCGCGGGCUGCCCUUCGUCACCAGCCUGGCUUUCAUCAACAGCGUGGUCAACCCGCUGCUGUACGUGCUCACCUGCCCCGACGUGGUGCGCAAGCUGCGGCGCUCGCUGCGCACAGUGCUCGAGAGCGUGCUGGUGGACGACAGCGAGCUGGGCGGUGGGGCGGGCAGCCGCCGCCGCCGCGCCUCCUCCACCGCCACCACCAGCUCCUCGCUCUCGCUCGCCGGCCGCCUCGCGCCCCCUCUCCGCCCCGCGCGCUUCCUCCGCUGGCUGCGAGGCGGUGGUGCAGCGUCCCCGCAGAGGGACCGGGCGCGAUCCCAGGACGAGAGCGGUCCCCUCAACCGGGCGCUGAGCACCACCUCCGAUUAGCCGAGUGGCCUGCGCGGUCCGGAUCGCAGGGGUCGGACCUUCUUUCUGCCCAGGGCAGAGGUCACCCAUGAAGGGUAGACUCCUGGACUGCAGCCUCGGAAGUGCUUCGGAAUCAGCGUGUUGAAGUGCCCUGGGUGACUUUUUUCCAGAAACGACUGAGUUGAAACCGAGCUUUGCAAACCCUGCUGUGCCCAUAAAUCACCCAGGGAUCCUGCCGGAGUGUAGCUUCAGGGGGUGGGGGCGGGGCGCGGAGCUUCUGCGCUUCUAACACCUCCCAGGCAGUCACCAAGUGCUGCAGGUCCGAGGACCUCCCUCGGAGUAACGGAGGCUGAGCUCACAGUAGACUUCCUAAACUAGCAAGAAGAGUCCCAGUGCUGCAACCCCCUGAGCCCAAUUUUUUUUUUUAAAGAGAUCAAAAUAUCACUUUAUGUUCAAAGAAUUUAGAGAGUGUAUCUCAACAGGUAGACUUACUUCCUCUCCCAAAUUAGAUUUAGCAGCAUAUUGAACAAGAUCAGGUCCACUCCCUGGGGCCUGUGGGAUAUGCUCUCUCUAGGCAGACAGACCUGAAGGAAAGGAAAGCAGGGUUCCCUGACCCUGCCCAGGUCCUUGACACAGAUUGCAGUCAUUAGAUGUACCAGUCCUCCUCUUAGAAAGGGCAGAGGGGGAGAGAAGCUGCCCUGUGUGUUGCUCCAGGAGAAUGCACUCCUCUGGGACAUGUGAGGAAUGACUUGAAGCAUUAAUGUCAGGUCGGACUUUUCUUGCUGCGGUUUUUGGAGCUGUAGGUAUUUUUAGGGAGAGAUCUUGGGAUCCCCCCUUGAUGGUUUUCUGUCCGAUAUGAGAACAAGCCUGAGAUGCAAGUGGAGCACCUCCUUUUAGCUAUUCUUCUGAGAGCCAGGGUGGACAGAAUGAUUUGCAGUGAUCUAAUACACAGCUGUUUUCUGUCUUUUUUGGAACUACCAGAUAAAUUAGGUGAUGUCUUGGUCUACUUUCUGUUGCUAUAACAAAAUACCUGAAGCUGGUUACCUUAUAAAGGGAAGAUGUUUGUUUUGGCUGACUUUUUGGAGGCAGAGAAGUUCAAGAGGAUGGUGCCAGCAUCAGUUUAGUUUGUAGUGAGGGCUCGUGCUUGUUCAUCGUCAGGUGGGAAGCCUAUUCUCCAGCUCGGUAAAGGCUGGCACACAAGGAAGAAGAUGCAUGAGGGAGACACACCGACAGCGACAGAGACAGAUGGAGUGAGAGAGUCACAGGGUAGUAGAGGAAGCAGGACAGCCAGCUGAGAGAGCUGAGCCCACUUUAUAAUAAUCCUGUCUCACAGCAACCAGUCCAGUCCCAUGACACCCCACCCACUCUCAUGAGAUGGGCAUUGAUUGUUUUCCAGGGCUGGUGGCCCCCACGACCCCGUCACCUCCCACUGGGCUCCGUCUCUUAAAGGUUCCAGCAUCCCUCAAGACUGUUAAAUGGGGUACCCAGAUCCUGCCAGACCCCAUCAGGUGAUACAGUUCGUGUAGCUUACCAGCUGCUGGGACUGUGGGGGCGGGGAGGAUAGUUUUACAUUGGACUGGUGACACAUUUUUGGAGUAAUCUGAGAAAAAGGUUUGAGAAGCACCAUUCCACUUUCAGGCCUUCCGUUUAGCUACUCGGCCAACGUGUGAGCAAAUGCUUUCUUCUGCCAUCUUCGGGGUCAGCUCCUUGUGGGUCAGGGAGCUUAAGUGUGCAGGGUCUGCACCCUGUUCGGCUGCGUGAAAGCACACCCAAGACCUACCCAAGCUACUCCAGGAGCAGCUUCCUCAGAGCCAGUCUCUAGCCGGGUGACCCAGGAUUGCCCAACGUGCUCACGGGUGGGAGAAGCAGGGGUGCCAUGGGCAAGUGCUUGGGAAACCUGGCUCAUCAAAGUCCAGUGGGCAUGCAGCAGUUUACAGCACAUGACGUCUCCUAGCCAACCUGACCGUAGCUUCCCGAGCCUGGGCAGCACUGGCAUUCUGCAAGAUGCCUUCCGGGCACAGGUAACCUCAAGGUCUCUGCAGCACCUGCCACUUGACCGCAUGGGGGGGUGGGCGGGAGGGCAGCUUGUAGCCUGCACAGCACUUCCACUGCAUGGUCCCUGGUACCUCCGCCCACCAUGGCCUGGAGGGCAGACUGCUGUCCCUGCGCUGCAUGCCAGGGACUGACGGCUGGUGCCAGUACGUUUGUCUGGUGGACGGAACACCAGUGGAAGAGCAGCAAUGUGCAAGUUUUGGGAUCUGGGGUCGCCGAGGGCCAGGGUGGCCAGCUGUGAAUUCUGGGUGCCAGGCAGGGGCAGCCCACAGGUGCACCACCAACUGACAGAUGUCGCCCCUGCAGCCUCCUAGCUUCCCGCUUUUCUCACUUUCCCACCGGACACACCAUGGACUUCACUUGUCUUGUUUACCCAUCAGGAGAGCUCCCCGAGGCCGGGACCCUGGUCUGUUGUCUGUAUUCCCUGGUGCCUAGAGUUGCACCUGUAUACCAGAGGUGUUCAAUAUUUUCGUUGUAGACCAGAUUGGCAUGGCUUAGCUCUUUGGGACUUGUGGUGUAGGGGAAAAGGAGCGGCUGAUAGAGAAACUCUGCUUCCUGUAGUCUCCCCAUGUCAAUCUUUCAGCAUUGCAUAGGGAGCAGCCUGAUUCCGUCUGCUGGGGGACAGAGUUAGUGGCGUGCAGAGGUAGCCUCUGGGAGAGUGUGGGGGACCUGGGCCCUGACUGGUGGCCUCCAGGCUUGGGUUGGAUCCAGGACCCUCAGACAGGACAUGCACUGCGAGCUCAAUGAGAAACCAGAAUUUACUGUUCUUGGUCGGCAGGUACUUGGAGGACGAGGAAGGAGAGGGAGCGGAACCUCUUCCCGCCCGCAGCCUGUCCCCCAGAAACCUGCCCAAGACCCCUCAAAGGCCCAGGAGUCCUGUCCAGGGCGAAGUCCCUGUCUUGAGGCCGCUGGCUGGAGUGCUGGCUCCAGCAGAGGUGUCUGACUACUGGCCUGAGGGGCCAGAUGGCUGUGUCUGAUGUGACUGUUGGUCUUGGGGGCCCUUGGGGCUGUCCGCAGUUCAGACCUUGGCUGCCGGCCGCUGAGGUGGCUGUUUCUGCAGCAGGGCCAGCGUGUCCCGCUUCUGAAUGGAGCGCAGCUGCUUCUUCUUUGCCCGCUUGAGCUUGGCAGGGUUUCGGAUCUGGGGGGUGGUAGAAGGGGAAGUCAUUAGGGUGGCUAGGGCCUCUGUCCCUGUCCCUGUGGGAAAGGGAAGGCACUGCAGGGGGCUGGGAUGGCAGAAGAAGCAGGGCAUGGGGCAGGGCAUCUCAAAGGCCUGGCCCAGCCAUGUCUGCUCCUGGCCCGUGGGAGGGGGACACUCACCACUUGGACGAUCUCAGCCUUCCGCUCGUUCUCCAGGCGGCGCCUCAGGUUCUCAGCCCGGCGCUGCUUCUUCUCCUGGACACACAGGAGAAGGAACUGAGGCUGGGAGCUAAGGUGACCUGGUCCCUCAGGUCCCAGCCCAGUGAGUGGGGUAAGGACUCCCAGCUGGCUCCACGUUGCUUCUGGUGGUAUGAGCUCGGGGGACCUGGGGACCACCGGGGAGGACCAGAGAGCAACACCUGUGCCAUGGGCCUGGUGUCCGGAUGCCCAUGUGCUGGAGGUGCCCGACCCCACAUUAGAAGGAGGGUACCUGGACAGACAGCUGAGAAAGGGGUGAGACAGGAAGACUGGGUGGCUCCCUCCCUGGAGUCACACGCGUGCAGGGAGCAGGCCCUCCACCACGCUGCUCAUCAGCGCUGAGGGAGGUGGAUCCCUCAUUCCCACCUUCCCAGGGUCUCCCUCUCCCCCAGGUCCAAGUGCCAUAAAAUUAAGGCCAGGGUGGGGCUGGGCUCUGGCGGUGUUCCCAGGUGGGGCUGGGGCUGGGAGGAGCUGCCCAGAGAGGCUCUGGGGGUCUGGCCCAGGUUUGAGGCUUGACUGCGACAGGUAACUCUGCUAGACAGGUAAGUGCCUCAGCUCCCCCAUAUUUAAAGCAAGGCAACCCCAGUGCCCAGCUCCUAUCUGUGCCGUCAGUGCACGAGCACACUCGCAGGUCUUAAACAGCACUGGCUGUCGGGACUCUCGGAACCUAGAUCGAGUCUGUCCUAGCAAUUAAGCCAGGCUCUUUGGCUGCACUGAGGGUCCCCUGGCAGGUCCAGGGUGGGGACGUCAGCGCCCAGGCUGCUGCAUGGUCAGGGGCCUCUCCUGGCUUUGUUAACUUGGAGUAGUGGGAUAGUCUGGGCCCCUGGAGAGAAAGGGGAAGUGAGACCUGGGCUCCUGCGGUAUCAAGGGGAGUCUGGGCUGGGGAGAAGACACUGUCUUGCUCAAGGGGCGGCCAGGGCUGCACAGGAAGUGAGGUAAGGUCUCAGCACACGGGCGUAGCCACGCUGUCCCUAGGGUCUUGCCACAGGCUGACCUGGGCCCACUCAACAGGAGGGGUGACUUGUCUGACCCUGGUUCAGUGCUCCUCCUGCACCCUGGGGUCACCUGAUGGGCAGGAUCCCCAAUAACUCUGGUGCUGGGGACAGCACUGUGCCCAGUGCAGCCACCACCGGGCUCCUUUGGAUGCUGCCUGCUGAGUGCCCUCUCCACUCCCACUGAGAGGCCCUGGUGAUGCGGGUGAAGCUGGGGCCCUUUACUUCCUGGAGACUGAAGAUGUGGGGCAUGGGGUGUGAGCCUCUGAUGGACAUUUCCGGCUCUGGGAUGAGUGACAUGAGAGAACUAGAGGAAAAGUGUGGAACUGUCCAUGUGCUGGUGUGCGGAAGCCACUUCUUGAAUGACAGCAGCAAAGCUGGGGACAAGAUUUUCCCAGCUGGGCAGGUCCUGGGGAAAGGACCCUGAUCACAUCUCACUGGAUGCUCCUACACCAGCGAGGGCCUCCUGGGGCUUCUUUCAGGGCCCCCGCACCCCACUUCUGGGCCUCCUGCCCAUUCCUGACCCACAGCCCAGGUGGGCUGGGUGACUUACUGCACUCCCCACCCUGUGGGUCCACACUGCUCUCUGCUUCUCGGGUUGGGGGCUCCUGGGGCGCAAGGUCUCAUGACCAAGUCAGCCCUCCGGAGCUGCGGCCUCAGCCUGGCUGGCCUCUCACCUGCCGGCGCCUCUCCUUCUCCUCCUGCAGGUGCCGGGCGAAGUCCUUGGUCAGCUUCCUCUCCUGUCGCUCCUUCAUCUUCCGCUGCCAGGAUGUGCGCAGGGGCUUGUCCUGAACCAUCUGGGAGAACCUGGAGGGGAAAGCAGGGGCUUGCAGGGUCUGUGGGCCGCUGCUCCUGCCCCCUCUGCCAUCACUCUGGGCUCUGGGCCUUCUUCCAGAAGCCAGUCUGAGUCACCUCCACCUGCGGGGCCGCCCUCCGGUCAUGCCGGCUCUGUGCCUGAGGGGGCACUCUCAUUCUCUCCAUCUUACAGCGGAGCAGACCAAGGCUGAGAGAGGCCAAAACCGCCCAGGGACCCCUUGUUCCUGAGUGGCGGUUAGCACACGAACCCACUGGUGACUGCCAGGUCCAGGUGCCUUGGCCUCUGCUGUCAAGUUCUACUUCCGCCAGGUGUGAGAACGUGCGAGUAAUGGGGCCUUCACUCCCUGUGGGCCGCCAUCCCAUUUCCCAAGGCGAGGCUGGGCAGGGCCUCUCCCCCUGGCUGGGGCAUGCGAAGGUGGGGUGGGUUAGGGGAGUUCAAGGAAGUAGGGACCCUCUAAAGAGUGGCAAUCUUCGAGAGUCAUAGGAGGAAUGCCAUGUUCUCCAAGGAAGCGUCCUGCGGGAGUGUACGGGCUUUAAAAUAUUCCAGGAAACAGGGGGAGAGAAAACGCGGAGGACGAAGAUGACGUGAGGCCACUAAAACGCCGAGAGCGUCAAAGCUGGUGAUGGGAACGUGGGGGUCGUGACCCUGUGCGCUCCCUGUCUGUGUGCUCGAGAAUUUCCCUCAUAAAAA